GUGUUAAGACCAUAGAACAAUAUAAACACAUGUCUCAACCAACAUAACCAAAAAAUUGUUGCGAAAAUGCCUGCCUUUAAGAAAUUAAACACCAAUAUAUAUCAAAAAAGUGGUCCACAGAUCACGCCUGACUACAUUUAUUGGAAAAAACUAGGGGUACCAGUUUUAGUGAAAGAAUUUGGACCUGUAGACUAUAUAGAUUUUUCCCCCAUAGAGCCACACUACUUUGCUGUGACUUGUUCAGUUAGGGUGUUGGUGUAUAAUCCUAUCACUAAACUGGUGGUUAAAAAUCUUUCACGAUUCAGGGAAAAUGCUUAUGGCGCUACAUUCAGGUCUGAUGGAAGGCUUAUAUGUGCUGGAGGUGAAGAAGCCAGUGUUAAGCUUUUUGAUGUAUCCACAAAAAAUCUCUUAAGGUUAUUCAAAGGUCACUCUGCACCAGUUCACAGGACGUUUUUUGUACCAAGUAAACCACAAAUUGCAUCAUUUUCUGAUGACAAGUCAGUAAAAGUAUGGGACAUACCAACAGAAAAAGACAUAAUUACUUAUACAGCACAUAAUGAUUAUAUAAGGGCUGGGGCUACCAGCCCUGUUGUACCAGAUGUUAUUCUAUCAGGUGGAUAUGACAGUGUUGUAAAGAUGUAUGACACAAGAACAGAAAAAGAAGUGUUAACUGUAAACCAUGGGUCUCCCAUAGAAUCUUUACUGUUUUUACCUUCUGGGGGUAUAUUCUUAUCAGCAGGUGGUACAGACAUAAAAAUAUGGGAUACAAUAGCUGGAGGAAAAUUACUAGGCAGUAUAUCACAACACCACAAAACAAUUACUUGUUUGAAACUGGCAUCAGAUAACAAGAGAUUAUUGUCCAGUAGUUUAGACAGACAUGUAAAAAUUUAUGAUGUUAGCACAUUUAAAGUGGUACACACUCUGGAUUAUCCAAAUUCUGUGCUCAGUUUAGGUGUAUCAAAGAAUGAUGACACAGUGGUUGCAGGAUUAGUGGAUGGACUAGUUUCAAUUAGUAGAAGAGAAGAGGAGCCAGAUAAGGUGCCUGAAAAAAAGAUUUCGUCAUAUAAAUAUGCCUCUAGAAAUCACCCUGUUACUGUAGACACUAUUGUACCAGAACUCAAACAUGAAAAACAGACACACCAUGAUGAAUGUUUGAGAAAAUUUGAGUAUUCCAAAGCAUUGACCUGUGUUUUAAGACCAUAUGUAGCUAAUAAAACUCCCCAGAUCACAGUUUCUCUUAUGCAAGAAUUACUUAGGAGAAAAGCAUUAAGCAGAGCAUUGCAGGCAAGAGAUCCUAAAUCCCUAUUGCAAUUUCUACGAUUUUUAUUAAAAAAUAUUCCAGAUGUCCGGUUUACCAGAAUUUUAAUAGACGUUGCAAACACUUUUUUGGAUGUGUAUGAAAAUAAAGCUGGUACUCUUCCUGCUGAUGUUCUGAAAAUGAUAGUUAUGUUGAACAAUCUCCUAAAGCAGGAGCUAAAUUUAAUCAAUAACCUUACAGGUUUGGAGGGUGCCAUGCAUAUGUUACUGGCAGCCCAAAGUGCUUCAGAACAAAUCAAUGAAGAAAUGUUGAAGCCACAGAAAAUUAUACCCAGUGCAAAUGCCCAGAAGAAUUUAGUGGUUACACUUAGUUGACAAUAAGAAGUGUUGAAUAAAAAUUGAUUAAUUUAA